AUGACAGCUGUGCCAGAAAACGAGUAUUAUCUCCUUGGUCGGAAUUCUGUAGAGACACAACGUCUCGAUGAGCAGCACAAUUUUCUCACCGAUCUUUGCGGCGGUAGUCUUAUUUCAAAGUCUAUAUCGGAGGAUAAAAUCUUCUCUAUUGCUGAUGUAGCAACUGGGACUGGCGUCUGGCUUCGUGAUGUUAAAGCACACCUUGAUUCCACCCACCCAACAGGUCCGUCAAAACCACGCUACUACCAUGGCUUCGAUCUCUCCGAUGCCCAGUACCCAACUAACCAGGGCUUGGAUGGCAUUAACUAUUCAUUGCAUGACUGUCUAAAACCAUUCCCCGUGGAACAUCAUAACCGAUAUGACCUCGUGCAUGUCCGGCUGCUGGUUGCUGCCAUCAAGGAAACCGAGUUCAAACUCAUUGUAGCCAAUCUCAAACCCUUACUAAAGCGCGGUGGCUAUCUUCAGUGGGAAGACCUAGACUUAAAGUCCUUCCUCACUUCCCACGAACCCAAAUACGACUCUUUCCCAACCAUACAAACCCUACGCCUGUGCAUAGAAACACAGAUCGGAUACGAUGCAAGCCCGCACGUCCCCGAGACCGUUGCGGAUGCAGCUCGGGAAAAUGGGUUUGCUGAUGUUAUCCAUAUCCUAUACAAUACGAAAGAUCGCCCAGAGAUGGCGGAGCAGGUGUUGAAUUGGGUGAGCAAGGUGAUGGCUCCAUUGCUUAGGGCUAUCCUAGGACGCACCGGGAGGGCGAAGAAUGAGGAGGAUUUGCAGGCGCACACUCAGAGUCAUUUGGAUGGGUUGCGUACGUCGUUUGAGCGAGGGUUGGCGCCAAAUGGGGCUAUGGGGAUGGUUAUAGCGAGGAAGGAGUAG